UCCACAGAGCAAAGUGCAACCACAGAGCUAAGUGCGAUUAAACAAACUGACGAGAGGAUCUUUUCUGAAACAAGAACGUCCAGCAUCAUGAGCUCUUCAACGGUUUUCGUCCACAUUCAACCACCGACACAAAACGCACCAGCUGGGACUGUGACAACUGCUCCUGUGCCUGUUUAUGUACAACAGGUGCCAGCAGUUUCACCUCUUCAUGGACUUCAGGCUUUUCUGAAAAGCCAACCAAAAGCCCUUGGGACUGUCCAGAUAAUGAUUGGUCUGUUCACUUUACUGUGUGGAAUCGUGUCUACAGUUCAUGCAGAAUCCAUCUUUGUCUACAGUGGUAUCACUUACUGGGGAUCUAUCACUUACAUUAUAACAGGCUCACUCUCCAUUGCUGCAGAAAACAAACUUAAUUCACCCUCCAGUUUGUGUUUGGUAAAUGGUUCACUUGGAAUGAACAUUUUCAGUGCUAUAACCGCAGGAACUGCCUUUAUUUUAAUUUCAUUGGCUUUUGCUGUAGGACCAUAUGACACGUACUGUGACAGUCAUGAUUGUGCUUAUUUUAGAACGAAGUAUGAGACCCUCUACUGGGGAAUCCAUAGUAUAUCUCUGGUAUUUGCCUCCCUUGAGUUCAUCAUCUCCAUCUAUCUGUCAGCAUAUGCUUGUAAAGCCACCAGCUGCUGCUGCUGUUUUUCUCCACAAGUGCCGUUUGUUCCACAAGUUUUAACUCCACAGCCCUGUGAAUUUAGACCCAAUCAUUACCAUGAUCCUAACAACCCAGAGAUAUCUGUGGUCAGCAACCCUGCCAUGUAUCACCAUCAUGCAGAAAUUCCCCCACAAUAUAACGAAUAUGAAAGAAUAUGAAAAUUAAAAAAGUGUUGUGGUGUUGCGGUAGUGUGAUGUUUUUGUGGGAUGCAUACAUUUCUCCAGUGAUUUCACAUCAGUGAAACUAGAUUGUUUUAAACACUUACUAUAUAAUCUGUAAGAAUAAA